GAUAUGUAUUUGUAGCAGGUAUACUGCAUGUUUUGAUUACUGCGUAUGGUAUCCCUGGUUUAUUAGUGUAUUUUUCUGCAUUUUAUAAUUUAAAUUAAACCAUCUUCACUGAAUAUAAAUAUCCACAUGCUAAUUUGAUUUUAUUGAUGUGUAUUUUGCCCGGCAUAACUAAAUAAUAUAUGCAUCGUGAUUAAUGGAGUGUCCGUGAGGGGUUACACGAAGAGUUGACGGCAUCAAUAUUUUUAUAGGUCUACAUACAAAGGCCAAUACUACCUCGAAUAUUGAGUUUAAAGUUUAUCUGCGCAUCAUGAAGAGUUCAAGCCGGUGUAUUUAUGUAUUGCUGAAUGUUUCCAUAAUUAUUUUGAUUACUGCUUCCGAAGAUGAAAACUAUUUUGAAAAUCUGUCAGAUUCGGAAGAUAUGGUGGAUCCUCAUUCGUUCUUUUAUGAUGAAUACAGCAAGCUGACAGUUGAAGGAACAGAAGAAAACAUACAAAUAAAAAAUGCAGAAGGAGAAAAUAAUGAAAUUAAAAACAAAUGUAAAUAUGCUAAAGAAAUGGAUAACUUUGAUAGCCAUGAAGGAAUUUUUUAUAAGCGUCUUAUUAGCUUACUGUUAUCAAACAUUAGAAUAAAGGAAAAAAAUGAUAUACUUACAGUAGGAAUAUUAGAAAUUGAGGUGUCUCAUUCACAAAUGCAAGUCUUAGAAAAUUUACACACUCAAAAAAUUUCUUUACGAGAAGUUGAUGAAAUUUUGAGUAAUGCAAUAAGAAAACCCCAGUACAAUGUGACUGAAGCUGUGCAUUACUUUGAUGUAAUACUUAAAAACUUUAAAAUGGCACUUAAGACCAUAGAGGAUCAUCCUGAUGGAGCUAUAAUUAUAUUUGUAAUGUUAAUGGUUGGUGUAAUGUUGAAAACGGUUACUUGGGGACGUAGAUUUUCGAUGUUUGUUAUUAUACAGAUUCUAUUUGUAUUGAGUUUCUUUAUGACCUGGUGGCAACUUAUACAAGAGGCAGAAAUUAAAUCUUUUGCGGAACAAAUGAAAUUUGCAACUGUACCAAUAUCUUGUCAGCCAGACAAAAUGAACAUGUGGGAUAAAAUUGUUGCAUUUGUAACGUCCAAUGAAGAUUGUGAAAAGUAUUACCGAGUGACAAUGUCUAAUCCAACAUUAAAAAUCACUCCUGCAUAUGCAUUGUCUCACUUUGUGACUACAGUCAUUCUACAUCCAAUUACGCACAUGGGAACUGUUGUGUCUGGUUUUAUAAACAAUGCGACAGAUUCUUUACCAUGGGCAUAUGCAUGGUUGAUUAGAUGCAUACUUUUCUCAUGCGUAGGUUGUGUGAUAAUAGUAAUACCAUUCUGCUUGACUGGUGCAUCUUUUAAUUUAGGGUUAGGGCCAUUAUUAAGAUUUGGAAUUGAUUGUCGAAGAAGAAAUAGGCAUGAUAAUUCCCUGGAAUGUGAAAAGAAAAGAGAACCAGUACAAAUAAUUCUUCAGGUACCAGGCUCGAACAUACCGGCGAUAACAAGUGUUCCAGUUACUGAGAAAUCGAAAGGAAUAGAAAUCUGUAAUACUGAAACUGAAAAGCAAAAUAAUGUCGAGAAAAGUAAAUCUGAGAAAGGUUGCACAGAUUUAUCUUGUGGCGACACCAUAACAAAUACAGCAUUUUGUAAACAUAAAACUGAAAAAUCUAAUUGUAAAGAAGUGAAUGAAUACGAAACAAAGAAAAAUGUCGGAAGUGGAGAUAAUUAA